CAGCUCCAAUUGAAAGUAGCUCCCAGUCAUCAAAAUGCGCGCUUUUAUCGUCUUUUGUCUUUUGGCCGCCAGUUGCAGUGCUGAUAAACUAGGCUAUAACUACCAGCCGGUGGCCCAUGCCGAUGAGGGUCUGUCCUUUUUGCCUGGAUCAGGUCAGGUGAUUGGGGAACUUCCCCAGCAGCAGCUGCUCCAGCCUGUCCAGAGUGGCGAGGCUGUGCUUUCCCAGCCCAUUGAAGCCCCCCACUUGUCGCCCAUCCAGGCCCCUGUGGCUCCACAGAUUGCACCCUUGGUAGAGGAGUUCCAGAAGGAGUUCUACAGCUAUGCCGCCCCCGAAGAGCAGUACGAUGAGGGUGUCAGCAACCAGCAGAUCGCCAACUCCCUGAAGAAGAACCUCCGCGUUGUGUUCAUCCGUGCUCCCGAAAACCAGGGCUUCGAGCAGGCUGCCCUCCAGCUGGCCAAGCAAUCCGCCCAGCAGCAGACCGCCAUCUAUGUGCUGACCAAGCAAUCCGAUGUGUCCAACUUGGCAAAGCAGCUCAAUGCCCUGAAGUCCAGCUCCACCAACAAGCCCGAGGUGCACUUCGUCAAGUACAGGACUCCCGAGGAUGCGGCCAAUGCCCAGCUGGCCAUCCAGAACCAGUAUAACCAGCUGCCCGGAGUGUCCCGCAUCUCCAACGAGGGUAGUGCUCCAGUCCUGAACUUCGCCUCAUCCCCCGCUCAGCCAGCUGCUUCAAUCCCCGCCAGCUCGGCUCCAGCUGCUCCUGCUGCUCCCGCUGCUCCCAGCUCGGAGUACCUGCCCGCCAAUGUCAUCUCUAACCAGGAUUACCUGCCACCCACUCUGCGUCGCUUCCGCCUUAAGUAAAGUGUCCUCUAGUGAAAGUCCUACGGUAACGUUUCCUAGCCAAUCUCAUCGGAAAAGAAGAUCCUUUCCACUCCCAUUUCACUUGCAAAUUAACUAGCUUUUAAGUAUCCAUGUAGAGAAAUAAAAAUUUGUUUUGCUGACAAAUUCCCAA